AUGGACAACGCCGCUGUGAUCAUUGACAACGGCUCGGGUCUCUGCAAGGCAGGACUAGCCGGGGACAAUGCCCCGAGGUCGGUGAUUACAUCCAUCGUAGGACGCCCCAAGGCCAAGGCGACCAUGCUGGGUGCUGGGCACAAGGAGUAUUACGUUGGGGAAGAAGCCCAAGUCAAGAGGGGGAUCUUGAGUUUGAAAUAUCCAAUUAAACAUGGCAUAGUGGUGUGCUGGGAGGACAUGGAAAAGAUCUGGAGACAUGUGUAUGAUUGUGAGCUGCGCCUGAAGUCGCACGAAAGGCCGGUGCUGUUGACUGAAGCCCCCCUGAACCCUUUACACAACCGGGAGAUCAUGACCGAGAUGAUGUUUGAAAGUUUCAAGGUGCCUGCGAUGUAUGUGGCGGUGCAGGCUGUCCUUGCUCUGUACGCUUCAGGGAGGACCACCGGCUUAGUCAUGGACAGUGGCGAUGGAGUGACCCACACCGUACCCAUCUAUGAAGGCUACUGCCUCCCGCACGCCGUCUACAGGUUCGACCUGGCCGGCAGGGACAUCACCCAGUACUUUGUCAGGAUUCUGAUGGAGGUAGGCCAUACCUUCAUCUCCUCUGCAGAGAGGGAGAUCGUCAAGGACAUUAAGGAGAAACUGUGCUACGUCGCGGUCGAUCCACAGCUGGAGAUCAAGAAGAAACGAGAAGACGUGCAGAAGGAAUAUAAGCUGCCUGAUGGAAAUGUCAUCCAGAUCCAAAGCCAGCUUUUCCGAGCUCCGGAGAUCCUAUUCUCCCCUGCCAGCGUGGGCUUCGAGUGCCCUGGUGUUCACAGGCUGGUCUUCAAGAGUAUCUUGAAAUGUGACAUCGACCUGAGAAAGUAUCUGCACUCAAACGUGCUGCUGUCCGGAGGCUCCACGCUUUUCCCAGGUCUGGACGAACGGCUGUUGAAAGAGCUGCAGUUGCUGGCUCCCACUGGAGUGCCGGUCAAAGUCAUUGCCCCUCCGGAGAGGAAAUAUUCCGUUUGGAUUGGGGCUUCCAUCCUAACCUGCUUGACGUCCUUUCAAGAAAUGUGGAUCACUGCUUGCGAGUACUUGGAGAUGGGGUCUUGUGUGGUUCACAGAAAAUGUUUCUAGGAAUUCCUGUAAGAAUAACAACUAACGCCAAAUGUUGCAGA